AUGAAUCUCCAUCCGAUCUACUUCUGUUAUGGAAUAAUUUUUUGGACAGCAGUGAAUGCUAUCGAUCCUUCAACGAUUACUGAUACCCUGAGCCUUGCUAACGACCUGGGAGGUUUCAUUGAGAGCCAGGACUUUUCCAAAACAGCAUCAAAACUUAUAUCUUCCGUCAGUCCAUACCUUGGUAUUAUUGGAUCCGUAUUAUCUUUUGCCUUCGGAUUUUUAAACACAGGUCCUUCUGCAGAGCUUGUCGCCAUUCAGAAACUCUACAAAGAGGUCACCCUCAGAUUUGACCGUAUAGAUCAUCAGUUUGCCGCUAUUUCCCGUGAAAUCCACUGGGUUAACAUUGAGGCCCACUAUGGUAGCUACGAAAGCACUAUUCAUGUGGUGGGAGAAAAAUAUAGAGCGCUGGCCGCCUCAACUAGUAAAACCGAGUACAACGCUAGGAAACAAUUUUUUCUCAGCAGCUAUAAGCAAUACAACGAAGCUGGUGGAAAAAUUUACGAUGGAGUGAUGGGUCAGAGUAAUCUUUUUAACGGACCAAUUUUUGAUGAGGCGAUCAGGCACUUGGAAUGGGAUCGAAAGAAGACACAACAAUUUAUGCUAGGCGUUACAAAAUUAUUGAUAGAUGCAGCGGCAAUUGAAAUAGCAUAUUAUGAACUUACAAAACCGUCCUUGGCUUCCUUUAUUCAGCAUGACUGGAGAGUAAAGUUUGAACAUUUAAAAAAAACGUUGUUGGCAGCAGACCACAAGCUGAUGACGCAAUAUGGUAGUCAGUUAGCAACGGAUGUAGAUAAAUUCGUUUCUGACCAUGCACACUCGAGCAAUUGUGACAUCACUAACCCUUUAGAGAGCAAACUUCAACAUAAAUACUACUGGCGUAAUUGGCUUGUCGUAACAAGUGAUCACAACACUGACCCUAAGAAGUACCAGGUCCAUGUUUGUCCGGGAAUAGGAGGAGUCAUCAACAACAAUCAUGGAAAAAAUGUUGUGGUAGCAAGUGUUGAUGCGCAUAAAGCUCACCUAAGUACAGUUCAACAACACGUCGUCAAUUAUGUACACGUCUCUCAUACAUACCACAUCAUGCAUGGUGGAAAACGAAAUGUCGAAAAACGCUUAACCGGUCAUCGUAGAAAUGAUGCAAAUGUAGCUUUUAGUUCGUUUCCAAGCGAGGCUCGUACCUCUUGCCAUACAUAUGGUUCAAUUGGUGUAAUUGACCGUGGGCUUAACACCUGCUGGAGGUCCCCUUCCGCUCACCUUUAUACACGUGAUGAUGGUCAUUACUACAAGGUGUACGCCUUCGGAUAAAUAAUUAAUUGUAGAGUGACAAGAUAUUAAAGCAUAAAGAAGUCA